AAGGCCCCCUUCGGCCCGAUAGACUUGCUUCCCCUCCUCCCGCGGAGAGCAGCAUGGCCCCUUUUACGAUCGCUCCGCAGUGCUGAAGACCUCCUCCCCACCUUCGUUGGCCCAGCCUCAUCCCCCGUGAGCGAUCUCAACUGGAAAGGCGCAUGCUUUUACAAGAACACCGCAUGGAUGGAGUUUCACAACAAGAGCCAGUCCCGAUUCGGCGGCGGCAUCCUCCAUAUCAAGGUCUAG